AGAGGGGCUUGGUUAUCGUUUUGGACUUGAUGGAGUCUGCAAAAUCGAAAGCAGCAGCCAUGAAAGAGAAACAGAGUAAAAAGCGAAAGAGGGCAAAGCAUCGCGAACGCGAAAUACAAUCCAGCGAUACUUACAUGAAGAAAAUUUACGACAUUGACAAAAUCCAUGACCAUGAACUUCAGACUUCCACAAUGUCGAAGGUCCCCAAGUCCUCCAGUUUCCUCGAUAAGAUGCGAGCCAGGUUGUCUGGAGGGCAUUUCAGGAUGAUUAACGAGAAGUUAUACACUUGCACUGGGGACGAGGCGCUUAAUUAUUUCCAAGAGGACCCAGCAUUAUUUGAUGUGUACCAUGCAGGAUAUAAAGAGCAAAUGGCUCAUUGGCCUCAGCAGCCGAUCAACAUAAUCAUGAAUUGGCUUAGAGAUCAUGGCCCUUCUCUAACUGUCGCAGACUUUGGCUGUGGGGAUGCGCGCCUAGCAAAAAGUGUGAAGAAUAAAGUUUUCUCAUUUGAUCUUGUCUCCAACGAUCCUUUAGUAAUUGCAUGUGAUAUGUCUAAGACACCCCUUGACUCUUCAUCGGUGGACGUUGCUGUUUUCUGCCUUUCACUAAUGGGGACUAACUAUCAAAGUUACCUUCAAGAGGCAUACCGAGUUCUUAAGCCAUGUGGCAUGCUUUUGAUAGCUGAGGUAAAGAGUAGAUUUGAUCCAAAUACUGGAGGAGCAGACCCGGAUAAGUUUUCCAGAGCUGUUUGCAAUAUCGGAUUCACCUCGAUCUUAAAGGACUUCGCAAAUAAGAUGUUCAUCAUAUUACACUUCAAGAAAAAGGAGAAAGUAGAGCCGAAGAGGAAGGAAAUUGAAUGGCCUGAGUUAAAACCUUGCUUGUAUAAGCGUCGCUGAGAUCAAGGGAAAAGUGUUCGUGCUAUGUCAUCAUCUGGAGAUGCUUGCAUUACCUUGUCAAGGAAUGUAACAUUUGCAUCAAGAACACCAAACCUUAGUAAGGAUUGUGGUUCGAGUUACUGCCUUUUGUUAUUUCAAAGUUAAUUUCAUCACUUAUGUCUCUCUGCCCUUUUAAUUUCGAAGUUAAAAUCUCUCUCAUUUCAUGAUUCUUAACAAAGUGAUUAUGGGAUAGUUAUAUUAUAUACACUUGUUUUUCUGUGUUUUAAGUUGCAAUAUCGAAUAUGGGUAUUGGUUGAUUA